CCCGCCUGCCACUAUAGAGAAAAUGAGUGUCGGGCAGUUGGCGGAGAACGUGAGGUGCACACGUCGCAUAGCAGCUGCAAUGUCGAAAGAACAAGGCGCACAAGACAAAGCUGCACCUGCCACCGCUGCAAUGAAGCCGCAGGUGCUCCAAGCGAAAAUCCAAACGUCCGUAAGUUUGACACGAAACCUCAUCAGCUCUUGGCUGGGCCCAGAAGAGCCGCAUGGCAAAAACGCGAACAAUGAAGCGGAUCAAGAGACACAAUUAAAAGCACGUCCUCCUCGUCUUGGUUUAGGAGCAACAGCGUCCCAAUUAGCAUCGAAAACAACUCACAUGCCAGUGUCCAUGAAUGCGAAACUAAACAGUCUUCCUCCCGCUCUCAAAAAGAAAAUCGAAAGACAAAUGCAAAAACGAAAGGAAGCUGAAACCAAGUCAGCUCGUUCCACGUCUUCGUCGGGCAAUGCAGACCCGGGAGACGACAGCGAAGACGAUGAUGAUGAGGACAGCAUGACUUCAAAAGCGUCCGUUUUGUCGAAGAAACGCUCAAAGGCCAAUAUUUCCAGUUUUGAUAUGUACAAAAAUUCAAAAAAACGCCGUUAGUGUAUGAUAGAUGCCUAGCGGUAUGUAUAUAAAGAUGGAGUUAAAAAAAAGCAGCUAACCAGGACGAGAGCUGCCAAUUUUUGGUACUAAUAAUUGCAAUGGCAAAGUGAUACGGUGCCAGUGAGGAAAGUGACGAUACCAAAGAAACAGUGUGUUUAGGUCAUUUUUUGGCUUUUGUUUGGUCCAACCUCGUCUUUAAAGCUAUCUUUGGUGCCAUCGUUUCAGGAACGAUGAAAGAAUGCUCUUCUUUAUGACCCGAGGUUAAUCCUAUAACUUCCAGGUAAUCCCAAGUAACGGGAUGUAUACGCUCUCCCGUCGAAAAACCAACUGUAACCAGGAAAACCGGAACGCUUCGUAUCCUGCUUUCACCAAUUCGGCAGGCAUUUCCCUAGGAACAUAAAACUGCUCCUUCCAAGGAAGCACCAUAGAGCCCAGCCAAAAAAUUCGCGAGAGCGCAAUCAUGUUGAUUACACAAUAAAAACUGUAUUGAUCACAUUAGAAACUUAAUCAUAUAACACUGGAAAAUGUCGUUUUCUUUCACUCGCAUUCCCAAUACAGAG